AUGUCUGCAAUUAAUCAGAUUGUAUCCACUUCAAUCUCCUCAUCCUCCUCCACUUUUCUCUGUCAAAACAAGCUCAACAACAUCAACAAGCCAUCCAAUGUAGCGAUUGCAGGGAAAAUCGGCGUGGCGGUGAAAUGUGUCGCCUCGCCGUCUGCUGAAAAGACUGCCUACACGACGAAGGUGUCGCGCAAUGAAAACAUGGCUAAACUUCAAGCAGGCUACCUCUUUCCAGAGAUUGCGAGACGAAGAUCUGCUCACAUGUCGAAAUAUCCUGAUGCGCAAGUGAUCAGCCUCGGAAUUGGUGACACAACUGAGCCAAUUCCAGAAGUUAUCACUUCUGCCAUGGCACAGAGAUCAUAUGCACUGUCAACAAUAGAUGGUUACAGUGGUUAUGGAGCUGAACAAGGUGAAAAGGUUGCGCUCGAAGUUUCUUCCUUUUCCAAGUAUGCCGGGUUCACUGGAGUUCGACUCGGUUGGACUGCGAUUCCUAAAGAGCUUCUCUAUUCUGACGGUUUUCCUUUGGCCAAGGACUUUAACCGUAUAGUUUGUACCUGUUUCAAUGGCGCAUCUAACAUUGCACAAGCUGGUGGUUUGGCUUGCGUUUCAGAUGAGGGCAUUAAGGCUAUGCAUGAUGUGGUUGGUUUCUACAAGGAGAACACAGCUAUCAUAGUCGACACGUUCAACUCGCUCGGCUUCAAUGUGUACGGAGGCAAAAACGCACCUUACGUGUGGGUUCACUUUCCGGGAAGAAGCUCGUGGGAUGUGUUUGGCGAGAUCCUUGAGAAGACUCAUGUUGUGACCACGCCGGGGAGUGGUUUCGGGCCGGGCGGCGAAGGUUUCGUAAGGGUCAGCGCCUUUGGGCACAGGGAGAAUGUGUUGGAAGCAUGUAGAAGGUUCAAGCAGCUGUACAAGUAA